GCUUGAAAGAUGGUGUUCAAUCUCCGAACCUUCAGUUUUGCCGAGUCCGUUGAAGACGAUCCAACUCCUCCUAAAACCUUCUCUCUAAAGGAGCUCCGAGUCGCGACACACAACUUUCGCAAAGACAACAUCGUGGGGGAAGGUGUAUUCAACAUAGUUUACCGGGGGCGCUUGGCCGAUGGUUCGCUAGUGGCUGUAAAGAGAGCGCGCUUUGUCGAUCAACUGAGCAACGAGCUGUUCGAAGAAGCAAUGAAAGUGGGAAGCACAAUUUCGAGGCACCCAAACGUGCUAUGCCUGAGGGGCUUUUGCAGGACCAAGAAAGAGCUCUUGCUGGUCUAUCCCUUGAUGGUCAACAAUAGCCUAUCUUACCAUCUUAGAGAGAGACCGGAUCGGUUUGCCCGACCUCUCGAUUGGACUACUCGCAAGCGGAUAGCCUUGGGAGUAGCGAGGGGGCUUGCGCACCUUCACAAUCAAGGAGGAUUUGCGCUUGCCAUGAUCAUGCACGAGGGAAAUGUAGAGGAAGGGGCUAUUGAGUGGCGCACGGGUUCAGCUGAUUCUGGCUCCGAUUCUCCAUCCUAUCAACCCUAUGAAGAUGUUUAUGUCGACACCGACCUCUGUGGCACACAUGGGUUUAUUGCCCCCGAGUACUUGUGCACAGGACAGUGCACACUGAAGAAUGAUGUCCAUGCAUACGGGAAAAUGCUUCUCGAGCUCAUCUCGGGACAGUCAAUUUUGGAACUUAAUAAGUUGGCGCAUUUUCAAAAUCUCAAUCCGGCCGAAUGGAUUGGUAAUUUUCUGAACAAGAACGAGUUGGGAAGGGUACUCGAUCCCUAUCUGCUGGGGAACUACGUGGAAGAAGAAACAGAGGGACUAGUCCGGUUGGCAUUGUUGUGCGCACAUGAGGAUCCAUCUGUUCGACCAAAGAUGUCUGCGGUGGUUCGAAUGCUCGAAAGCCAGUCUCUUCAGCGGGACCCCAGUUCAAGGAGUAGUUGGAGUCAAAGCGAGUAUGACUCAACUCCGUACUACUCUUUCCCUCCUUCUCCUCAGGGGAUUGCUCCAUGACUGGCAUGUCGAUACUACAUCAUCACCAUUGCCUUUUACCUUCAAUAACGAAUCCGGCUUCUAUGUUUUUAUCUUCCUAAACUCUGUAUGUACAAUGUUUCCACCAGUUUCAUUCGAAUGAUCUUCCUGUAAUACCGUUCUCUGAUAUUUGGGCACAUAUACC